AUGGCCAUUGCCCGGACUCUGCUGAUCCGCCGAACGCAGCUUGAGUGGCUUACACGGCGCAUAGCGCUCAGCGGCUGCCUCUCGCGGCGAGAAGCCUUGGCGGCAAUCGAAAGUGGUGCAGUGAAGGUUGACGGCCGCACCAUAAAGAGGGAUGUGGAGAUAUGCAAUGAGGCGGAGGUUUCUUUGUUGGGAAGAGUGCUGCCAGCAGCAGGAGCGUUGCCAGCCCUCUUUGCGGUAUUAAAGCCGCGAGGCAUUGGCUGUACGUACACCUCAAAUGGCGCAGUGCCUUCUUUAAAGAACUUGUUGCUGCAGCAACCCGAUGUAGAAGAGUUGCUGCUAAAUGGCCUCACAAAGGCAACAGCAAGUGCCCAAAAGGCAGCAGCAGACAGUCGACAGCACAACAAAGAAAACAGAGAAUCAGAAGGAGAAGAAAGCAACAACAACACUGCAGCAGACACUGGAAGUGACGAAGACGAAGAUACACUGCAGCAUGAAUACCACAGCAUCUGCAGCAACAACUGCAACAGCAACAAUAACAGCAGCAACAGCAGCAGCACCAACAAGAAAAGGUCGUCGCAGGAGCUGCCGGGGCAUCUGAUACCUGUGAACCCACUGCCUGUGCAGGCAGAGGGUCUUGUCCUCCUCACAAACGACGGCGAAUUCGCUCACCUGCUGCGUAAUCCAAGCAGCAAAAUAUUGUCGGCAUACGACCUGCGAGUCAGCGGCACUCUGCCCACAGCAGACAUGUGGCGCCGCUGGGCUUUUGGCGUCAAAAGCGAAGGAAUCGACUACGGAAGGGUUUGGGUGCAACUCCUGAGACCUUGCCCUUCAGGCGCGUGGCUGCGGCUCAAAUUCGUAGAGCCACCAGGGGCCGACCUGAGGUCUCUCCUUUUGAGUUGUGGCCUCAAGAUUCGGCGCAUGCGGCUGUAUUCCUUUGGGCCUUAUUUAAGCACGUCCGUACCUCCAGGGAUUCUGUACCCGCUGCCUAUAGAUAAGGCGCUGUUGAAGCUGCACCAGAAGCAGCGGCAGCGGCCUCGUUUGAUGUUGGUUCCUGCAGCAGAGGAACUGCCCAAUAUCAUAGAGGCCACGCAACAUCUUAAGCAUCUUAAGGGCGGUGGCUUUCCUGCGGAGAGGCUGCUGAAGGCAACUUCUGUUUUUUCAACAUCGAAACCAACAAAACCAAACUGA